UUGCUUUGCUCCAAAUCUCCAAAACUUCCAGAAUUUAGUGUGAGAGAGAUGUCCUGAGAAAGCACAAAUGCACUCACACAGGCACAAAUCAAACCUCAUUUUCUUUAAUAAAAUAUUUUAUGUGCACUGACCUCUGGCUUAAGCUCUUGAGAAGCCAGGAAAUGAUGCACAGUUUGUGUGUGGAGAACCCUGAGUGCCAAGUGGUUCACAAGGAGCCUCAUUUGUGUUUUCUGAUCAGUAUUUCUUGUCUCCUGCAGUGUGUUCCUGGGAGCUUGGAGGAUCCCAAAACUGUGACACAUCAUAAGCUGAUCCAUGCUACUUCUGAGAAGGUGCUGACAGACACAAAAACAGUGUUGGAGGAGAACAUUCAGGACAGAGAUGUGUUGCUGCUGGUCAAGAAGAGAGCACCAGCUCUGCUCCCCAAAAUGGCAGAUGUGGUUGCAGAGGAGAAGAGGAAGCAGGAGCAGAAAGCUCCUGACAAGGAUGCCAUCCUCAAAGCCACUGCCAACCUGCCUGCCCGCAGCGUGGACCGCAGCGUCACCCACCACAACAUGAGGGAUUUUCCUUUCUUGCAGUUCCAGACAGAGCUCCGGAAGAUUUUAGUGUCUCUCAUAGAAGUUGCACAGAAAUUGCUAGCACUGAACCCCGAUGCAGUUGAACUAUUUAAGAAGGCAAAUGCCAUGCUGGAUGAGGAUGAGGAGGACAGGGUGGACGAGAUCGCGCUGCGCCAGCUCACCGAGAUGGGUUUCCCAGAGAGCAGAGCUAUCAAAGCCCUCAGGCUGAACCACAUGUCGGUGACCCAGGCCAUGGAGUGGUUGAUAGAACACGCUGAUGACCCUGCUGUGGAUGCUCCUCUGCCAGGUCAGGCUCCUGCAGAAGCCCCAGCUGAAGGUGCUGCCUCCUCUGCUGAGGCAGCUGCAGGUCCCAGCUCGGAGGAGGGCGGGGAAGAGGCCAAGGAUGAGCUGACGGAAAUCUUCAAGAAGAUCCGGAGGAAAAGAGAAUUUCGUCCAGACCCACGGGCUGUCAUUGCCCUGAUGGAGAUGGGAUUUGAUGAAAAGGAGGUGGUGGAUGCACUCAGAGUGAACAACAACCAGCAAAAUGCAGCUUGUGAGUGGCUGCUGGGGGACAGAAAACCUUCUCCAGAGGACUUAGACAAGGGCAUUGACACCAACAGCCCUCUCUUCCAAGCCAUCUUAGAAAACCCAGUGGUACAAUUAGGGCUCACCAACCCUAAAACUCUACUAGCCUUCGAGGAUAUGCUUGAAAACCCCUUGAACAGCACUCAGUGGAUGAACGAUCCCGAAACGGGGCCGGUGAUGUUACAGAUCUCCCGAAUCUUCCAGACACUGAAUCGCACGUAGAGGGAGCUGCCAGUGCACUGUGCCACUUCCCCCUGGCCCUCACUGCCCCUCCACCACCACAGGAGGGUGCCUGGAUGGUUGGGAAGGGCUGGAAGGAAGGGAGGGAGGGAGGGAAGAGGGGGAGAUCCUGGCUGGAGGGGGUCUCUCACACGAGAGUUUUCGUAGUUAAGGCCAACAGGAGUGAGUUGCCUUGUGGAUUUAGUGUUAGUGGAAGAGGUUUGAGGAUUUGUUUAUGUUUUCAGGUAUUAGGUUUAAAAUAAAGUAUAUAUAUUAAAAAAAAAAAAAAAAUAGGAAAAAAGUUUUGUGAAAACACUUCAGAAUCUGAUUGUUGGAAAGAAAUACUGCUCGUUCAAAAGGCCUGUGACAGUUUUCUGGCCAGUUUUGUUAGGAUCUGGCUGGUGUUUACAAAAGGUCACUGACCACUAGCAUAGGAUAUUAAUCAUCUCCAUACAGUAUUAAUUUAUGGCUCUUAUCAAAUUGCAAAACUGCUUUUUAAAAAAAAAAAAAUAAAAAUUGAUUCUUAAGAAACGUUUUUUAAAAGCCCAAAUCUUGGGAGAGCAAGCACAUUUCUAUCCAAGCUUGUUUAUCUGGCAUUCUAAUUUAAGCAGAAUCAUUCAGAGAUGGAAUUCUAAUAAAUAGCAUUACUUUUUCCUAUUUAUUUGCUGCAUUAGUGUUGUUGCAGUCCCACUGGAGUUGUACUUGCA